UCAUCACAACCCAUCACCAUCACACACCACCUUUUGCGCCAUCGCCGUCGUCAGCAUCUUCUCUCUUUUGUCCAAAUGGGGAUCUUCUGUGUAUCGUCCGGAAGGCUCCGAAGAGGAGGAUUCAUCGAUCGGGUCUCAAGUCCCAACCGAAUGCCGAUCUGUCACCUCGGUGGUCACCCCAGUCGUACCUUGCCCAGAUGACGGACGUCGAAUUGCUGAAUCUCGGAUUCAACCCGAGCGCUGACGUUUGAAUGAAGCUGUCUCACGGCGGACUUUGUGCCAGGCUCAAGUUCAUCGCAUUCAUCAUGGUUCUGAUGAUGGUGCAACAGGACCACAAAGCACUGGAGGGAACACCAAGAUCAUCACGUGGAAGGGUAUGCCUCGGCUGGGUUUCCAGUUCUAGGUAACCCCAAAGCCGAAGUGGAUCGCCCCGCCCUGGGGGAUGACAUUCCCGUUGAGCUGAGCGCCUCGCUCAACGGACGGCUCUGGCAGGAAGGCUCUCGGCCGGGUUUGGGAUAACUGAAUCCGGGCCUAUGCCAUGCUUGAAAUUGCGAUCAUGCAUCCCGUUUGUUGAGAGGAUUAACAGCUUGCACUUUUCAAUACCAGAACGACGACAUACAUACAGACACUGCCGAUCUGCAAACACAGGGUUUUGUGAUACUGUGGCUGAACAAUUCUCUUAACUUGACCGUCGUCACACUUGCGUUAUCUUAUACACCAUUUAUACACCAUUUAGCUGUAAUCAAUGAGUGUAAGCAUGACUCCCACGGUUGGCGGCGACGAGGACAAGCGGCUGUCUUUUCAGGAACAAUUGGAGCUCGUCAAGUUGCCUCGUGAAGGCCAAGCCCACCGAUACAUCUCGACGCGAUCAGCAUAUCUCCCAGGUUCAGACUUUGCAAAGGGAAAAGAGCUGCCCAGUUUCCACAGUGCGGCGUUUGGUGGUCAUGUGUACGCUCAGGCAGGCCUGGCCGCCUAUAGAGCGUGGAGAGAAACCGAAAAGGAGAAGGGGGUUCCAGAACAUGCGAGGUUGGAUAUCCACACAAUAAACGGUUACUUUACCCGCAUCGGCCUUGCCAGCAGACCCUUCAUUUACACGGCCUCUCCCGUUACCGCGUCCCGCACCUUCAGCACCGUUUCCGUGACUGCCACUCAGCCAUCUGUUCCCAGCAACUCACCCUCUGAAGAUCACUACCCUGCCGAAGACGCCUCGCUGCCGCAGUACCCGCCAGCCUUUACCGCGUUGCUGUCAUUCAAGCUCCCAGAGCCAGACUGGGAUGGCACAGUCUCUGAGCAGGAGGCGCCGCCCCAGGAGCGCUUCGCUUCCAUCUUGUCAUCCCGCAAGCCAGAAGAGUGGCCGCCCGCCCCCCCGGUGGACAUCACCGGCGUGGUGGAGAUUGUCGGAGACGACCAGGUUGGGACGUUCCCGAUUGCGGAGAUGAAGAAGGUAGAUAUGAAGGAGUAUAACGAGGGGAAGCCGGUUCAUGAGAGACGGGAGCUGCUUUUGUACCGGUUGUUGAAGCCGCUACCGGACGAUGAGGAUGGGAAGAGCGGGUAUGAUGCCAAUGCUCAUGUGUUGGUGCACGCUUUUGUGGCGGAUAGGAAUGGGCUGCUGAUGGCUGGGAAUCACAUCGGGCUGGGAUAUAGUCUGGGAAGGGCUGCUAGUCUGAGUUAUCAUUUUGUGAUGCACGUGGAGGCCAAGGCUGCGGUGAUGAGGGAGGAGGAUGGGUGGUGGAUUCAAGAGGUUUGGUUUCCGAGGGCGGGGAGGGGAAGGGGGAUCGUGGAAAGUAAGAUUUGGAGCCCGAAUGGUGUGCACGUUGCGACGGAGUAUCAGGACGGACUGAUCCAGGGGUUUGGCGGAAAGCUGUUGAAGGAGAAGGAGGUUUCUGGGCAGGAGGCAAAGCUGUGAUACUAAGAAAUCAUUACGUAGAAUUCUUUAGAUGGUUUUAAAUCUUGAAUGGUUAUUCAUAGGUUGUGUUUUUCCCUGCUUUGAACAGGGUUAGGGUGAUAACGGUCGAAGCUACAA